UUAUUUGCACGCCCAUCACUUGCCGAUUAUCAUAUUUUUUUCGGGUUAAUUAGAACUUAAAACUAGCCACGGAACCUCCAUUAAUGGCGGCUUUAAGGAGCUUCCUCAGAAGAAAACCGGCCAUCACUGCUUGUCGUGGUGAUUCCAUGUUGUUGAAGAAGCUCUUCUCCGCUCAAGCAGUCGUCGAUUCUCCAUCCUCUUUCACCCAACGCCUCAGAGAUCUCCCCAAGGAUCUUCCUGGAACUAGAAUCAGAAAAGAAGUUUCUCAACUCAUUGGAAAAACUCCUAUUGUCUAUCUCAACAAAGUUACUGAAGGCUGUGGAGCUUAUGUUGCUGUCAAGCAAGAGAUGUUUCAGCCAACAUCCAGCAUCAAAGACAGGCCAGCACUUGCUAUGCUUAAUGAUGCAGAAAAGAAGAACUUAAUUACUCCAGGAAAGACAACUCUGAUAGAACCAACAUCAGGAAAUAUGGGCAUCAGUAUGGCAUUUAUGGCAGCCAUGAAAGGCUAUAAGAUGGUUCUAACCAUGCCCUCGUACACGAGCCUGGAGCGGAGAGUGACGAUGAGGGCAUUCGGAGCUGACCUAAUACUCACUGAUCCCACCAAGGGAAUGGGAGGAACUGUUAAGAAGGCGUACGACCUUUUGGAAUCCACUCCCGAUGCUUUUAUGCUCCAACAAUUCUCAAAUCCUGCUAACACCCAGGUGCAUUUUGAGACCACAGGCCCUGAGAUAUGGGAGGAUACUAAUGGACAAGUCGACAUCUUUGUAAUGGGAAUUGGCAGUGGAGGCACCGUCUCUGGGGUCGGACAGUAUCUCAAAUCUAAAAAUCCUAAUGUUAAGAUUUAUGGUGUAGAGCCUGCUGAGAGUAAUGUACUCAAUGGUGGUAAACCAGGUCCACACCAUAUUACUGGCAAUGGGGUUGGAUUUAAACCAGAUAUUUUGGACAUGGACGUAAUGGAAAAGGUUCUAGAGGUUAGUAGUGAAGAUGCUGUCAACAUGGCAAGGCAAUUGGCACUUAAAGAGGGACUCAUGAUUGGGAUUUCAUCCGGAGCCAAUACUGUUGCCGCUCUUAGGCUCGCUAGAAUGCCGGAGAACAAAGGCAAACUUAUUGUGACUAUUCACCCAAGUUUUGGAGAGCGAUACUUAUCAUCCGUCCUGUUCCAAGAGCUGAGGAAUGAGGCUGAAAACAUGCAACCAGUUUCAGUUGACUGAGCAGCUGAGCUUCUUCCAAAAUACAAAAGGGGUUUCUGUUGGUUCCCGAAUCGAAUUCGGGUGUGGAAGUGUGGCAGGGAGGCGGAUCAUGUAUAACAAAAAUUUUCAUAAAUUUUUUGAGAUACUCUAUAGAUUAUAUUAAUUUAUGC